AGUGAGCACUGCAGAAGAAUAGAGCAGAGAGCAGCAAGAGCAUACCUGUCAGACUCUGUCAUUUACUGGCAUGGCAGCAGGGUUUUAAAUGCCUGCAGUUGAGCUUGUAAGAUUUGCUCUUGGCUUUGACGUUGCGUUCCUAAGUUCCUGAAGAAUGUGAAUUGCAGCACACAGGUGUGUUGGCACCUUGUCACCCGGACUGCCUGGUGCCUUGCCAGUUUCACAAUUAUUCUCCUUUUCGUAUUUGCUUCUUCAUUAUAGCAGUCGUCCUGAUAAAGGGUGCUUGCAGCAGCUUGCCAGGCCAGGCAGUGGGAACUUCAGGGGCUGCUCCUGCUUUGCUGUUAUCUUCAGCUGCAGUUUUCCAGGCUUUCAACGAGGAGACCUGUCAUGCAUCAGCUGCCAAGUUAGGAGCCUAAUACUGAACUGCGAGUGAGUAAGUGUGUCCAAAAUCGGCAAUGACAGCCAUGAAGGAGCAGCCUAACAUGGGCAGGGGAAGCCAGCAGCAGCAAGACCAGGAGAUAGGAGGUGCAAGCCCUCCCCAGAGAAACUGGAAGGGAAUUGCUAUUGCACUGCUCGUGAUCCUUGCGGUGUGCUCUCUCAUCACUAUUUCGGUCAUUCUUUUAACUCCAGAUGACACUUUGAAAACAGCAGAUGCUCGACUGUCUUUGGAUGACCUAUUUAGAAUAGAGUUCACUGCACAUGACCCAGAAGUAAAAUGGAUAAACGAUGCUGAGCUGGUGUACCGGGCCAGAGAUGGCCAUGUGAUCGAACUGAAUAUAGUAACAAAUGAAACAACAGUGUUGUUGGAAAACAGCACCUUUGUAACUUUUAAAGCAACAAAAUACUCCGUCUCCCCAGAUCUUAGAUUUGUUCUUCUUGCAUAUGAUGUCAAACAGGUCUUUCAUCACUCCUAUACUGCAUCAUACGCUAUUUAUGACAUACAUACCAGGGAAGUGAGAGAACUCAAUCCUCCAGAGGUGGCGAAUUCUGUGUUACAGCAUGCAGCGUGGGGUAAAACAGGACAACAGCUUGUAUAUAUUUUUGAAAAUAACAUCUACUACCAGACUGAAAUAAAAAGCAGUGCAUUGCGCCUCACUUCAUCAGGGAAGGAAGGAAUUAUCUACAAUGGGAUUGCAGACUGGUUAUAUGAAGAGGAGGUGAUACAUUCCCAUGUUACUCACUGGUGGUCCCCAAAUGGAGAACGUCUGGCAUUUCUGAUGAUCAAUGACUCCUUGGUACCUAAUAUGAUAAUCCCACGUUUUACUGGCAAUUUGUACCCAAAGGGAAAACAAUAUCCAUAUCCUAAGGCAGGUCAAGUCAAUCCAACAGUGAAACUAUUUGUAGUAAACCUCUAUGGACCAACUCAUACUCUUGAAUUGAUGCCUCCGGAGAGCUUCAAAUCCAAAGAAUAUUAUAUCACAAUGGUAAAAUGGGUCAGCAGCACCAAGACGGUGGUAAACUGGUUGAACAGACCUCAAAAUGUCUCCAUUCUUACCACGUGUGAAAUAACAACUGGGGCUUGUUCUAAGAAACACGAAGCAGUCUCUGAAGUCUGGCUUUCUAGACAAAAUGAGGAACCAGUAUUCUCAGAGGACGGUAGCAAGUUUUUUAUGACUGUUCCUGUAAAACAAGGUGGUCGUGGAGAAUUCCAUCACAUAGCAAUGUUCACUCUUCAGCCAAAAAGUGAAUUAAGCAGUGUUCGACACCUGACAUCAGGAAACUGGGAAGUCACCCAAAUUCUUGGAUUUGAUGAAGUCCUUCAGAAGAUAUAUUUUCUGAGUACAGAAGAUUCCCCAAGAGCAAGACAUUUAUACAGUGUUCACACUGCAGGAUCAUUUCACCGCCAGUGUCUUUCCUGUAAUUUCCAGAGGGAUAACUGCACCUACUUCAAUGCUCAAUUCAGCCCCAGUAACGGGCACUUCAUUCUGCACUGUGAAGGUCCCAAUGUACCAAUGGUCUCUGUCCAUAGCACAAGCAAUCCAAACAGCUCCUACAUAUUGGAAAAUAAUACUGUUCUGCAUGAAAUUAUCAAAGGAAAAAGGAUCCACAAACCAGAGUACAGGACUGUGCAUAUUUAUGAUUAUGAGCUCACUCUACAGUUAUCGUUUCCCGAGGGCUUUGAUGAAAACAACCUUUAUCCUGUCCUACUGUUUGUUGAUGGAGCCCCAGGGAGCCAGCUGGUUACUGAUAAGUUUUGGAUUGACUGGGACUCAGUACUUGUCAGCUCUGAUAAUGUCAUCCUUGCUCGCUUUGAUGGCCGAGGGAGUGGUUUUCAAGGGCUUAAAAUUCUUCAGGACAUCCAUCGAAGGUUGGGAACGGUGGAAGUCGAAGACCAAAUUAGAGCAGUGCAAUCAUUGAAGAAAUUACCCUUCAUUGAUACAAACAGAAUAGCGAUUUAUGGGAAGGCAUAUGGAGGCUAUGUCACAGCUAUGCUCCUUAGUUCCACAGACCGAAUGUUCAAGUGCGGCGUUGCUGUGGCACCAAUCACUGACUGGAAAUUAUAUGCUUCUGCAUUCACAGAGCGAUACCUUGGAUUGCCGUCACGAGAUGCAAAUAUAUAUCAAGAAUCUAGUGUUCUACAAAAUUCUAUGGAACUGAAAGAUGUGAAUUUUCUGAUUAUCCAUGGGACAGCCGAUGCAAAUGUACAUUUUCAGCACACAGCAGAGCUGAUACAACACUUGGUUAAAGCUGAAAGAAACUACACUAUGCAGAUUUACCCAGAUGAAGGCCAUUUUAUUACAGAUGAAAAAAGCAAACUUCAUAUGUACAGUGCAAUCCUCAACUUUUUCAGAGAGUGCCUCAAGCAAGAAACGCAUAAAUUACAGAAAGUACCAGAGGAGGAUGAAUAAAAUCCAACAGUAAAAAAAAAAGUAAACUCUAAGUAUCUUUAUAAAGACAAAACUAACAGUCUGGAACACUCAAAACCCAGCAUUAAAGACCACUGUUAGUGGAACGUGGAAGUACUUAGGCAGCUACAAGAAAUUUACGGGGACAGCACAUUAGAGAUUAAGAAUCCGAUAACUGGCAAAAAGGACUUGACAUUCAUGUGCCAGGUCCAAGAAUAUUUGCAAAGGAGCAGAAAAACUGUUUUGGGAGUGCAUCAACCUGUUAGUACACUUUAAAGAAGCAGAAUCCAAUUGUGCAAAUUUCAUCCACACCUUCAGCUUUUAUGCAUGUGUGUUUUAUUUGGCCUCACUGCUGUAUAUGUUAAUAAUAGUUGAGGUGUGAACAAACAUUCAAAAUGCACAUUUAUUUUCUUUUUAAUUUUGUACUAUCACUCACACAAAAAUGUGGCAUAAAUUAUGAUGUGCAUCCUUUUGUCAAACAUUGUGAUUUGCAUAUUUAAAACUUCCAAAUUCCCUUGCAUCUCAUUUUAUCAUGAUAAAUAAAAGAAUUUAUACAA